GAGCAAGCCCUCGACCUUCGUGCAGCGCCACAGCCCUAGUAUGCGCCGGUUCUCCCGCGUCAUCCCUCGUGCCGUCUCGGCGUCUAUUGCCUCACAGCCUCACGCUGUGGCGCCGAUCCUGCAGCGCAGCUGGGUGCAACAGCAAGCAUCGCGCUCUGCCAAGUGCAUGCAGUGGCGCCAGUUCUCGAGCGUCACGGACUCCCAUGACCACGAUGAGCACGCGUCCAUUGCGCAGGAGCUUCUGGGCGUGGACGUGCAGGACCGUGAGUUCAUCACGCUGCGUUGGCAGGACGGCAAGCGGAGCAGGUUUCACCUGCUGCAUCUGCGCACGUGGUGCCCGUGUCCGGAGUGUGGCCACCCGACGGGGCAGCGAGUUGUAAACUGCGCCGAGAUUGACCAAGACGAACUGGACAUUGAAAAAGUUUUUGUGAAGGGUGAUACGCUCAACAUCGUGUGGAACGACCGCCACGAGUCGAGCUUCUCGUGCAAGUGGCUGCUUGAAAAUAGCUAUUCGGACUGGGCGCUGGACCAGCAUGCUCACGAUAUGGCUACGACGCCGCUGGCGCUUGAUGCUCCUGUUCCUACAACGGAGUAUGCUCGUAUGAUGGACACCAACAACGACGAGGGCCUGUACGAGGCGCUUCGUCAGGUCAUUGACCAUGGAUUCACUGUCAUUCGCAACACACCGACGGUGCCUGGCGCAGUCAAGAUGCUUGCAGAGCGCAUUGCUCCAAUUUCGCACUCGUACGUUUAUUGGCAAUUGGCCAGUGUUCGAAUAUGUGCAUUUACUAAUGUUGGAUUCCAGUAUGGCGAUGUCUUCGACGUCGUGGCAGAACCCAAACCUGUGAAUAUUGCGUACACCACGGUUUACUUGAAGAGUCAUGUUGACCUGGCGUACUACGAGUCUCCCCCGGGAUUCCAGUUCUUGCACGCGCUCCGCUUCGACGAGUCUGUGAAGGGCGGCGAGUCGACUUUCGUGGAUGUCUUUGCUGUUACUGAGGAGUUCCGUCGACUCCAUCCGGAGCACUUCGCUACGUUCUGCCGCGUGCCCGCUACGUUCAAGAAGCACCACCUCACUCGUGAAAAGGCGACGAUCAUGGAGUACCAGCGCCCGCACAUCCAGCUCAACCAUCGCGACGAGGUGGUAGCAGUGCACUGGAGUCCUCCGUUCGAGGGUCCGCUGAGGGUUCCGUUCGACGACGUGAUGCCGUACUACGACGCCUACCGCGUCUUCCACGAGCUCGUGGAAGGCGGCAAGCACCGCUACGAGUUCAGACUGAACCAGGGCGACACCGUGAUCUUCAACCAGCGCCGAGUCCUACACGGUAGGAAGCAGUUCAUGCCGUGCUCGGACGGUGUGCGCCACCUUCAGGGCACGUACAUCAACAUCGAUGAUGCGCUCUGCCGCUACAACGUCCUGCGCACGCGCUUCGGCGCCGACGACCCCACCGCCAAGAACCAGCGUGUCGCCAACGGCAACUUCUCGUAA